UCCUCCUACACAGCCGUCAUGGGAGCCCCAAAGUAGAAGAAGGAGCUGCUUCAAAAAAGAAGAUCUAAGGGCAGGGUGGUCAGAGCCAUACCAGGCAGUAACAUCAUAAGCCCCCUCUGCCCCUCUUCACUUCCCCCUUUCUUCUAAUGCAUAUAUGUAGGCAUAUGUAAACCCCCUUCUCCAUGGAGAAGCUGCUUCAAAAAAGAGAUGAAUCUGGCACAUCACACCAGCCUACUUGAUGUUACUGCUGGAUGUGUUAAACAAGCCAAAAACUACUUGAUGCAUGCCAAACAAGUUUCUCCCACCUGGAUGUGUUAAACAAGCCAACUAAAAACCAGUUCUCUGGCCAAUUAAAACAUGAUUAAAGCCAACUCAACAAGCAUUGUAGCCAAAAACUAAACAUGCAUUCUACCAACUUGUAGUUAUUGUUUGCAAAUGAACAAAUUGACUGUCCAAUAGAUAUGUGCAACGAAAAAUUCAUAAAUGUGCAACUGAACAUGCAUCCCAGUCAACUGAACCUAUAUUUUGGCAACUCGGCAUGCAUGCUAGCCAAAACUAAAACAUGCAUUGUACCCCACGUGUACUCAGCAUGCAUGCUAGCCAAAACUGUAGUAUAUGUGCAAAUAAAAAUAUGUUUUCUGGCCAACUAAACAUGCAUGUUGGCCAAAACUGAGAAAAUGUAUCCUGGCCAACUGAGACAUCUAUUCUAGCCAACUGAAUACAUUAACUGUCCAACUGAACAUGCAUGUUGGCCAAAAACUGAAAUAAAUGCAACCUGGCCAACUGGGACAUCUAUUCUAGCCAACUAAAAACAUUGAAUGUCCAACUGAAUAUGUAUGCUGGCCAAGUGGAAAAAUGCAUCCUGGCAAUUGAGACGUCUAUUCUAGCGAAACCAGAAAUCUGUAGUGCGACAACAAAAACACAAGAACUUUUGUCCAUGGCUAAUGAAGCCACAAACCAUAUUAACAUAUUCACGCAUAUAAUCUUGUCCCACACAUAUAUUCUGGUACCACACCUAUUGCAAAGCUAUAGUGUAAAAAUAUGUUCAAUAUACCGGAACUAAAAACAUAACGGCGAUGAAAAUAUAUAACUAUAAUCUGUCCUCCAAUUCUUCUUUCUUCUUUCACCUGGAUUUUCCGUCUCAAAUGUAACAUCAAAUUAUGUGCAGAAAAAUCUGAAACAGCUCCUUGCCAACAUAGAAAACCUACAGAUCAUUGCAACAAAACAAAGGGAAAAAGUCAGAAAACUCUGUAGUAAAAAGAAGUCAUGCUCUUGCCAGCUAUUUACUGCAAACUGUGCCACUAACAUAACAACUCUGUGCAAACAAAAAAAUUCAUAACUGUUAUAAUAAAGACUAUGCUACAGUCAUGUUGCUUUUGGAACUAAGAUUGUCACAAAAUGGUGUGCAACUGCCUAUUUACUAAGUUUUUAGGUUGUUUGAAACACUCUUUUCUGUGGUUACCAACAGAUGACAUCAAUUUCUACUUUUUAAUAUGUGCAGGGAGUGUGUGGCAGCAUCCAAAAAAAGGAAAAAAAAUGCUUGAUCUCAAUGAGUUGCCUCCUGAUCUCAAUGAGCUUCCUCAUGAUACGGAUCAGCAACAACCCAGCAUACAACAAGGAAAAUGGACAGAAAAUGGUCGAUAUGUUUACUACACGCAGGCAAAUCAUGAUGGUAAACCUAUGGGCCAUGACAAUGUGGCAGGCCAGUCAUCAGACCGUGGUGCUCAUGUAGUGGUGUCUUUGCAGUCAGAGAGCCAUACUCUAGAUGACACGGGAACCGAGGCAAAUGUUCCUGGUCCAACCAGGACUGAGCUAGGAGCUGGGGCUGUUGACGGAGCUGUGCAAUGAGAAGAAGGAGAGGAUGAGGCUGGUUCUCAACCUAUGGAACCCUAUGUUGGCAUGAGGUUUGACAGCCUUCAAAUUGCUAAGGAUCACUACAACAGCUACGCACUACGGAUGGGUUUCUCUAUCAAGAUGAACACAUCUAGACGGACACCCCGCACCAAUGAAUUGAUAAAACAACAGUUUUGCUGCAACAAGUUCAAGAAGCUCAAAGCUGAUGAUGGAGGAGCUGAGGCUCCUCCUGUCCUGGACCCUAUUCCAGAUCCAAAAUCUGUUUACAGUGAUGAGGAGAUGGAAGAAGAACCUCUAAUAUUUGCUGAAGAGGAGGCUGGUACUAGUAAGAAGAAGAAGAAGCGCAAACGCGAGACAAUAAAGCAGACUCAGUGCAAAGCGAAAAUGUUGGUGAAGCUGAUAGAUGGGCGAUGGGAGGUGACGCACUUUGUUCGUGACCACAAUCAUCCGCUCGUGAACAAACCUUCAUUGUCCAAAUACUUGAGAUCCCACCAAGGCAUCUCACCUGAUGAAAAGGAGUUUCUGCGCAUCUUGUAUAACUGCAACUUGACUACAGGACGUAUGAUGCAUGUAAUGGCAGAGUUCUAUGGAUCUGAGAUGAUGGUGCUAUUCGGACCAAAGGCAAUAACAAAUCUUUGUACAAGUUUCUGUAGAGAUGACACAAAGGAGGGUGAUCUGAUUGAGACAAUUGCGCACUUCAAGGAUAUACAAAAAAUAGAUCCAGACUUCUUCUAUAAGGUGAAAUAUGAUGAAGAGGACAGAGUUGUCAACAUAUUUUGGGUGGAUGGCUUAGCUCGAAAAGCUUAUGCGGAGGCGUACCACGAUUGCAUAUCAUUUGACACCACCUACAUGACCAACAUGUACAAUAUGCCGUUCGCGCCCUUCAUAGGAAUAAACCGACAUGGCCAAUCUUUCAUGCUGGGUUGCGCGUUUGUGAGGCAGGAGUUGGCAUCGAGCUUUGAUUGGGUCUUUGGAGCAUUCCUAGAGGCUAUGGAUGGCAAAUCUCCCGACAACUUCAUCACCGAUCAGGAUGGUGCAAUGAGGCAGUCAAUACAGAGCAUCUUUCCAACCACCGUGCACCGCUGUUGUCGAUGGCACAUCAUGAAAAAGGCUCAGGAAAAAGUUGGUUGGCUGUUGUGCCGGAAUCCAGGAGUCUCUGAUGAUUUCAACAAGUGUGUUGACUUCAGCUUCACUAUAGUCGAGUUUGAGUAGAAUUGGGCUGGGUUAAUGAUGAAGUACGAGGCUAUGACACACACGCACUUUGAGAAGUUGUACGAAUACAGGUCAACUUGGGUGCCGUGCUACUUCAAACACAGGUUCUUCCCGUUCCUACAGUCUACACAGCGUAGUGAGGGGUUCAACGCCAUCCUGAAAAGAUAUGUGAGCCCACACAACUCAAUGCUGAACUUCGUCAAGCAAUAUGAAAAAAAUCCAGAACCACAUCCUUGCCAAGGAAGGCUGCAAUGAUUACAGGACAGAACACCUUGAGAUUGAGUUGUGGUCCAACUUCCCAAUAGAGAAGCAAGCUUACAAAACCUAUACUAGGGACCUUUACCACAAGUUCAGAGAAGAGUUUGAGCUGAUUGGACGUUAUAAUGCAUUCCAAGUUGGUGCUGAUAUAUUUGAGCUCAGACCGAACAAGGAAUUUGUUGCCAAAUAUGGUUCUCGAAACUACUUGGUGCAGGCAAGGGUGGAGGAGGGUUCCUAUUUGUGUGAGUGCUGUAAAAUGGACAAGGACGGCAUCCUCUGUUGCCACAUCCUCAAGGUGUUCACCCAUAUUGGAGUUGAUGUCAUACCGGAAAGGUACCUGCUAAGACGGUGGACACCUACUGCUGUACCUAGUGCGCCAGGGACUGGUUAUGAGCAACCGGAUGAAAUGCCUCCUCAAUCAAAGAAGCAGAUAAGGGAGAGGAACAUGAUAUACGAUUUUCGGAAACUAGCAAAGUUUGCGAGUGGUUCUGAUCCAGCACAAGCUAUUGUAUACAAGCAUAUGCACACAGCACGUACCGAGAUCGGCCACCUGAACAAGUCCAAGAAAAAGAAAAAAACCAACUGCUGCCACGGGGCCAUCAGAUGAUGGCAACCCUCGAGGACCUCCUCCACCUCCAGGCAGCAAUCAGGGGGCUCAUUAUCCAGGUGACGUCAACCCUCAAGGACCUCCUCCACCUCCUGGCUGUACACGGCAUCCUCUGCCACCUCCUCCCCCGUGUGCUCCUCCCAAUGGCCCUACAGGCAGCACUCAGGGGGCUCA